AUGCCUGCUACUACUUUGCCUCCGGUACCUCAUUAUGAGUCGGCCUCUGUCACGCAGGAGGAUAUCGACUGGGCAGAUUUUCCUAUCAUCGAUAUCUCCAAGUCGAGCACGCCGGAGGGUCGUGCCGAGCUUGCACCCAUCGUACGAGACGCCAUGCGGACGUACGGGUUUAUCUAUGUGGUAAACCAUGGCCUAACACAGGCUCAGAACGAUAGGAUGGUUGAUAUAGCAGACAUCCCGUUCUCCCAAGUCUCGGAGGACGAUAAGCGGCAAUACGCGUCCAAAAUCAAGGAAACAGGGUCAUAUAGAGGUUUCAAACCCCGUCAGUUUUGGACCAUUGACAACGGCGUGAAGGACCAGAUCGAGCAUUACAAUAUGCAUCACUCUAUAGUCGAGCAGCAGCAUCCCAAGGAGUUGCAACCUUUUGUCCCAGAGAUUCGGGCAUUCGCAGAGCACUGUCACUACAGAGUCUUACAUCCUAUACUGAGGCUUCUCGCCUUAGGCUUGGAGCUGCCUGAAGAAACAUUUGUCAAGCUGCACAACUUCGAUGCCGAAGGUGAAACGUACCUCCGUUUCAUGAAAUAUUUCCCUAGGACAGAAGAAGACGAAUCCAAGACGAAGAACGUGUGGAUGAAGGGACACACUGACAUUGGUACCAUCUCGCUCCUCUGGUGUCAGCCCGUCACUGCACUGCAGAUCAUGUCUCCGGACGGCAAGUGGCGCUAUGUGAAGCAGAUCCCCAACGCCAUCAUCGCGAACGUGGGAGACUCGAUGGAAUGGCUGUCCGGUGGAUACUACAAAGCUACGAUUCAUCGCGUGUUCCAGCCUCCGGCAGACCAGCGUGGGUACUGCCGCCUGGGCCUCCUCUAUUUCGCGUCAGGCGACGACGAAGUGCGCAUCGUGCCGAUGAAAGACAGCCCUGUGCUGAAGCGGGUUGGGAUCACGAGGAAGUUUGCUGAUGAAGACGCGCCGACAAUGGGCGAAUGGCGGCGGGCCCGCACGAAAGUGUAUGGGAUACCCGAAUUGUUACAACGCAAGGAUAACGUCAUCGAGGAGCAGAUUGUUAACGGAUUGGUUGUGAAACAUUACAAUUGAGUGGGGGCAGGGAAGGAACAUGCACUGUACAGGCAGUGACCAGUUCGU